AUGAACAACGACGGGGAGUUAGUGAAAGCUGGAAAAAGACAUCGUGAAACUACUACUACUGAUAGGCUAACCCAUCUUCCAGAACCAAUUCUUUAUCACAUCCUUUCGUUCCUCGACACCAAAUGUGCUGUUCAGACCUCGGUGCUGUCGCGGGCUUGGAACCGCACCUGGAAACAUGUUCCAGUCCUCAACUUAGACAGGGGUUCCUUCCAUCUUGCCACGAAGUUCCACGCGUUUGUGACUAAAGUUUUGUCCCUCCGCUACGACCUUAAACUCCGCAAGGUUGUCUACUUCGACGGCGAUGGAAGGCUCCCCGCAAAAGGUGGGAAAAGCAAGGCCAGCAGGAUUCUGCAAGUCCUCGACUAG